UACGAACGAACGAACGCGCAACUGGUGACUGUUGUGCUGUUGUGCUGUUGUGCUGUGAGCACUGUUGUAGCCAUGUCGUCGUCGUCGAUGGCAGAGUACUUGGCGGCCCGAUACGGGCCAGUGGCGAGCAGUGGCAGUGGCGGCGGCGCUGGCGGCGGCGGCGCUGGAGCAGGGAAGGAGGACCGCAAGCGAAAGAAGCGCAGGAGGAAGAAGGAUAAAGGCAAGCAGGAGCAGCGCUUGAAGAUUGUCGUGGAUGAUGGUGAUGCCAUCCCAACGAACGAUUCCGACCCUGACAUGGCUGCGCUGGACGCCGAGGACCGGCCCAUGGUCGUUGGUAUGGACGAAACGGCAGACGUGACUGCAGAGGUUGCACCCGAUACGACGAGGAAAGCCGCGUCAAAGUGGAAGCCAGCGCUUGAGCAAGAUGAUGACGAUUUGGACAUGCCAAGAAGGGGACGAAGGGUUGCAGCUGCAGAGAUGGACAUGUCACCGCCAAGACGGCGCCGGCACGAUUCUGACGAUGAUGCUUCUCCUCCCCGACGACGAAGACACGACAGCGACAGUGACGCCUCUCCUCCGCGCAGAAGGAGACACGACAGUGAUAGUGAUGCCUCGCCCCCACGACGAAGGAGACACGACAGCGACAGCGAUGCGUCUCCGCCGCGUCGCGCUGCUGGCGGCGACAUCAGCCCUCCGCGCCGCCCUGCCGAUCGGGAUUUGUCGCCGCCGCGUCAGUCUGCGCCCGUGGAAACCAUCCAUCGAACAGCAGACGGGCGGCGCAUGGAUCCGAAAUUGGAGCGCCUGAAGAAGCGGCAAGCAGAGGAGGAGCUGUUGCAGAAGCAGCUGAAGCACAUGGAAUGGGGCAGGGGGUUGGCGCAGACGGACGCGGCGCGCAAGAAGCGGGAGGAGGAUGCGUACGAAGCGUCCAGGCCGCUCGCCCGCACGAAGGACGACGAGGACUACAACAAGGAGCUGCAGAGUCGAAUCCACGCGGACGACCCGAUGGCUGCGUACAUGAUGAAGAAAAAGGAGAAAGAGGCCCGCGCGUCCGGUCGCCCGCUGCGUCCAACCUAUCGUGGUCCCGCCCCAGACCCAAACAGAUUCGGCAUCAUGCCAGGGCACCGGUGGGACGGGCACGACCGCUCCAACGGAUUUGAGCGCAAGUUGGUUGCGUCGCAGGGGAAGCGGCGUGCACGCGCAGAGGAGGCCUACAAGUGGAGCACAGAGAACAUGUAGUCCGCUAGCCGCGGUAUUCGCCGCUCUCGUCCACGUGUGUGUAUGUAUGUUUGUGCGCAUGUGUGUGUAUGCGCAUCUACCUGUCUGUCUGUCUUGUCUGUCUGUCUUGCCUGUCUAUGCGUGUCUAGCACAUACGCGUGUUCAUUUUGUGUACCGAAGGGUUGCAACAGCAGCACGUGAACUGCUUGCCAGUUCAAUAAGAAGAGAUAUAUGUAACACAAGCG